AUGCCGUCCUAUCAGGCACCCACACAGCCCAGUGAGCAGCUGCAAAUGCCGCAGCCGCAGAUGCCACAAAUUCAGCAGCUGCCUCCGCAGGGAGGACAGAUGCUUCAAGGGCAGAUACCGCAAGGGCAGCUGCCGCAAGGGCAGAUGCCGCAAGGGCAGAUGCCCAUGCAGAUGGUUUUGAUGCCGGUGGCGAUGGCGCCCAUGGGCCAAGGCGCUCCCUGCUCCGGGUACGCCGCCCCAGCUCCGGCGCCCGUCCCGGAGCUGCCAGUGCGGCAGCCAGACCGGGGAGCCAGGUGGCCAGCGGCAGCGCCGGUCCCUGCGGGGCCCAUGCCGCAGAACACGGUGACGGUCCGGGGAACUCGGAAGCGGCGACCGUAUCGUGUGAAAAGCGGUUUCUUCCGCGUGUUCCUGGGCUGCACGCUGAAGUUGCACUGGACCGUGGAUGGUCGCAAGCUCCGUGGCAACGAGAAGCAGACGGUGUUCAAGAUGAUGAUCUACCCGGAGAUGGUCAAUGAGGGCAAAGGUGGCAGCUAUGUGCAGAUCAAAUGCGAAGCCGAGCUUGAGGAGUCUGUGGCGUGGGUCUCAUUUCGAAUCUCCAUCGGCAGUGGCAGUAAGACCGUUGGACCUCGGGGGCCGAGAUAUCACAACUUCUCGCAGAGUGCGGCGAUGCUCGACACGACGGACGAGACGAAAACCGCUCGGGACGUCGAGACGUCCCUCGCGGCACUGCUGGGUGCCGGAUGCGAAAAGAAGCUUCUGCCAGGCUGCGAGGAGCUCAGGUGGGAAGAGCUUCCCGUGGGCCUCGUCGAGAGCAUCUUGCGGCAGGAUGACCUGCCCAUUGCCUCCGAGGCGGAGGUCCUCACCCUGAUCGCAAAGUGGAUUGGGGACAAGAGAAAACAGGAGGACGUCACCCGGUUGUUGCGGUGUUUUCGCAAGGGCGACAACGUCCGGGUGCGUAUCGCGGACAUUGCGGCGCUGAUGCAAGCGCUUGGCUGGGACAUCUUCUCCGACAAGGUGCCCAGGAAGGGCGCUUCCGUGUGGGAUCCCAACUUUGCCAUUCACCGGGAGGGUGCUGGCACUGCACAGUCUGGCCCAGAGUCCGGUGAGCGGAAGGAAGGGAACAAUGUAGAGAUUAUCCACCAAAUGGGCCCCAAAGACUUGAUGCAGCAGGAACCUGGCUGGGCAUAUCCAGGCGCGCAUCGGUGCCGGGUUACCUUGACGUCCACCAGCUGGUCGCACCGGGAGCGACGCCUCCUGCGCGGCGGUCCGGGUCAGGCAGCUGCUUUACAGAAGCGAGCCUUUGAGUACAGUCCGUCAAAGCCAGCGGAACGAAGUCCUUCACCGCCGCCAUCUUUGCAGGUUCGGCGGCCACCGGUGGACACCUUUGAGACCUUUGACAUUGCCCCCAUGUCUGACGGAUCGGAGCAGUCCUUUCUGGGUGGCGCCGUGAUCCGAAACUUGACGCAGGACAAGAUUGACCACGAGCUGGUGGAUCAUCAAGUCAUUUGUGGCGUGUCCAGCGGAUAUCAGAGACACGGCAUGAGGAUCUCUCAAUGCGACAAGAAAGCCAUCUACUUGGUGGAGGACCUGAAUGGGAAGCAUUCAGCACAGCUUGGAGGCACUUUGACCUCAGUGACCUUUGACUUGGAAUUGCUCAUUGGGGAGGCUUCCAAGUAUGGCAUUCGCCGGUGCCGAUUGGCACUCUUACGGAACACGCACGUUCUGACGGAGGAGUGGUUUGAUGUGUCAUCGAAGGUGCCACUUCGAUUCUAUAUCUCCUCUUCAUGUUUUGACAAGAGCUCUGCGUAUACCGUGGCCGUCCUGUGGCUUCGGCCAACUGAGCCGGCCGUUGGGCGGCACUUUUACAUCGGCUCCUGA